CAGUCAGACUUUCACUCAUCAGACGUCAGAAAGCUGUGAUUUUCUUGUUCUGUGACACCAGCAAAGGGCUCCCAUGUGACCGAGAUCAGUCAUGGAGGAACAAAGGCGAAUCGAUCUGACCUACAUCACUGAACGCAUCAUCACCAUCUUCUGCCCCCCUGAAUGUCCAGAGGAGAUCUACCUGCAGAACCUGCAGGAGAUCCUCCUCAUGCUGCAGUCCAAGCAUGGACACCACUACAUGCUCAUCAAUCUCUCACAGAAAAAUGAAACUCUCACCCAAAGGAAUCACAAGAUUUUAGACACAGGCUGGGUGGAUCACCUCGCUCCUGACCUGGAUCAGAUGUUCAGUGUUUGCUCAACGAUGAAGACCUGGCUACAAACACAUCCCAAACACGUCCUGGUGUUACACUGCAGGGGAGGUAAAGGCCGGCUUGGAGUUCUAGUGGCUUCCUACAUCCACUUCAGCAACAUCUCAGCCAGUGCAGACCUUUCUCUAGACCACUUCGCGAUGAGGAGGUUCUACAACGACAAACUGUCCGCUCUGAUGAGCCCCUCGCAGAAACGGUAUGUGUGGAUGCUUGGGAGCACAUUAAAGGGAGCACUGAGGAUGUGUCCCUCUCCGACUUUCCUCCUGUGUGUUGUUCUUCGCGGUCUGCCCAAAAUAAAACCAGAUGGAGCAUGCUGUCUCUUCCUGAGAGUGUACCAGAGUCUACAAGCUGUUUGCACAUCAGCAGUCUAUCAUGUUAAUGCAGCCCAGACAGACCGGCUCUACUUUGUGCUCCAGCCAGCCCAGCUGCUCAAAGGGGAUAUCAUGGUGGUUUGUUAUGAUAAAAACAGCCACUCAGCCAGCAGGCAGGUCGUGUUCCGUCUCCAGUUUCAUACGGGCCUUGUGCACGGACACAACCUCACUUUCAGUAAGGCGGACCUCGACUGUGCCAGUGAAGAUCCCCGGUUCCCAGAAGAUGGAAAAGUAGAGCUGUUACUUUUUGACAGCCCUGAAAAGAUUACAGGCAGAGAGCUGUGGCACAACGGACACUGUGUGACGGUGGACUAUGACACCUUGGACCCUUUGGUCAGACGAGAUUCAUAUCAAAACACGUCUUCUCUUGAAACAGCCGCACCUCAUGUCCUGGACCCUGGAGUGAAGAAGAGUAUAGAGGAAGGUGCUUCGUUCCACCUGAUAGCCAACAACCCCAGCUGGAACGACCGUGCUCCAUCUGCCAGCAGCGACUCAGGCCUCUCUGUAGCCUCACAGGGGUGGGCCGCAGUUGGACAGAGGAGAGGGGCUGCACGGGAGAAGGGCACCCAGGCGGUGAGGCUGUUCCCUGGGGUGGACUUUGAAAUUGCUCAGCCUCUUCUGGAGGUCAUGACAGAGCUUGCUGCUUCAGGUCGAGGGGAGAUGACCGGAGAUGAUUCUGGAAUGGAACACACUAUCAAUGGAGGGGCUUCAUCCAGCGAGAGGGAAACGGAUAUAUUAGAUGAUGAGGACGAAGUUGACGGUGAGGCAGCUCCUGCUUCAGAUGUGCCGAGCUCAAGCAGCAUCUGCUCCCUCUCCUCGGAGAACCUGCCAGAGUCUGAGACAUCAGCCCACACAGAGUACUCCACACACUCCUGGGUUCGGCAGCAGCAGAUGGUUGACGUUGUCCCCGAUACUUACCUUCAAGUUGAUGGGGGCGAGAGGUUAAACAGGUUGAGGAAAGAGAGGCCUCCACCUUUAGUAGUUCCUAGAACACCACCUCGAGGACUUAGCAGCAGGGAAGCAGUACAGAAAGGACUGGACGAGGACGGCACACAUAACAUCCAAGACGUUACACACAACAUACAGUCGGUCAACACCACACAGGGUUCGUCUUGCCAAGAAGAGGAUUUGUCUUCAUUAACCACGGACAUUGAUGAGUCCAUAGAACAGCUGAACCAGCUGAUUUUGGAUUUGGACCCCACUUUUGUUCCUGUUCCUACCAGCUGUGCCCCCCUGUCCCGAUCAGCCUCCCUCCACACCAACGGCCUCAGCCACAAGGGAAAUACCAAUAUGUCAGGGUGGAAGCAGCAGAUGCAGGUCAGUGAUGUGACGGACUACGCUGGUCUCCAGAGCCCAGGAUGGAGGGGUGGUCAGAGCUUCAGAGGAUCCCCAGCCUACUACAGUCCCCCUUUCUCACCAUCUCAGCAUGGGCAUCUCAACAAAACCAACAGCAUGGACUAUCGGGGACAUACAGACAGCUCUGACAUUGUCUCACCUACUCCGGGCUUCCCAGUGUCUCCUCCGACACCCUAUGUGAAACAUUUCUCAGAGGUUUCCCAACUCAGGACUGGCGACCAGUGGGACCAACACAGCUGGACACAAGAUUCCCGGAGUUUCCUGGACAGCAUGAGCCACGCUGGCGGCUCCACAGAGGGAGAACUGUUCAGAUCAGAGGUGUCGGUCACUCCUGGUUCUUGUCAGAGGAUAUUUGGCUCCCUGUGUUCCAUGUCAUCAGACAGCCCCCUCCCUCACACAGACAGCUCCACCCCUCCUCCUGUUUGGCACGACCAGACUCCAAACUCCCUGAACUCACCGUACCCCCCACAGCCCUCACCCCCUCUCUCCCUCAUCACUCCUAACGCCCACAGCUCUCCCCGGGGGGGUCUGAGAGGCCUGGGUGGAGGUCCGGGAGCCCGCAAGGAGACGGACAGCAUGGACUUGUCCUCGUUGUUGUUGGGGAACGGCGGCCUGGAACACAGCCUGCUGGAGGCCAUGGAGGGCCUUGGGAGUCUGAACUUCGGGGGAGAUGGGGGCCUCCCUCCGCUGCUGCCUGAGAAGAGGAGAAUGGGUGAGGGGGGAGAGCUUGGCUCCUGCUCCCCCUCUCUGAGCGGGUUUUCCAGCCCUUAUAGUGGCAGCAGUCUCAGCAUCCCUUUCUCAUCUUCCAUGACCCCCGACCCCCUCCAAGGACUCGGUGGGGCCCCGUCCCCAGGAGCAGACUUUGGCAGUAAGCAGGACACUGUGAAGUUUGUUCAGGACACUUCCAAGUUCUGGUACAAGCCCGGCAUCUCCAGAGACCAAGCCAUCGCAGUGCUGAAGGACAAAGAGCCGGGCUCGUUCAUUGUCAGAGACAGCCAUUCGUUUCGCGGGGCGUACGGAUUGGCCAUGAAGGUGGCCACGCCUCCUCCAUCUGUGUUGCAACAGAGUAAGAAAGCAGGGGACAUGUCCAAUGAGUUGGUGAGACACUUCCUGAUAGAGUGCACGCAGAAAGGAGUUCGUCUCAAGGGCUGCCCCAACGAGCCGUACUUCGGAAGUCUCACAGCUCUGGUGUGUCAGCACUCCAUCACACCACUGGCACUGCCAUGUAAACUCAUCCUGCCUGACAGAGACCCUGUGGAGGACCUGACUGACUCACCUGCACAGACAGCGACAAACUCAGCAGCUGAGCUCCUCAAGCAGGGAGCAGCGUGUAACGUGUGGUACCUGGGCUCCGUGGAGCUGGAGUCUCUGACGGGACAUCAGGCGGUUCAGAAGGCAGCCAUGAUGACGCUCUCCAUGGACCCCCCUCCUCCUUCCACCGUCGUCCACUUCAAAGUGUCGGCCCAGGGAAUCACGCUCACUGACAACCAGAGGAAGUUGUUCUUCAGGAGACACUACGCUGUCAACACUGUCAUCUUCUGUUCUCUGGACCCGCAGGGCAGGAAAUGGACAAGAGGCAGCAGUUCUACUGCAAAGAUCUUUGGCUUUGUUGCCAGGAAAGCUCAGAGUGAGACAGAAAAUGUGUGCCAUCUGUUUGCUGAACAUGACCCCGAGCAGCCGGCCAGCGCUAUUGUCAACUUUGUCUCAAAAGUCAUGAUUGGCUCACAUAAGAAGUGAGGAGAAAGAUGAGCCUGGACUUGGAACAUCAAACCCCAAAAUAUUGUACAUAUGAGCUUGGAUAUUGAAAAAUGAAAAUCCCAAAACUAUGAACCCACACGCUCCAUUUGGUCCAUCCUGCAGAAUACACGUGCAUUUUGUUCUGACUGCACCGCAGGAUGCCGCCACCAGAGGGAGCAGAAGCCGUUUAAAAACUGAAAAUCUUCAGAAGGAGCUGUAACUACUAACUUGAUGCAUCAUUGGACCUUUUUAUUACUUUUGUAUGAAUUCUUUCCCAGGGGAUCUAAUAUAAAAUUCGGAUCCUGACCACUUUAUCUGACCUGUAUCUUCAAAUGUACCAUAUAACACUGACAAAUGCAACAUUUUCUUGUUAAUAACCCUGGAGAAUAUCUGAUAUUCUUCACAAUAACACAUAUUUUAAUCAAGGGUAUGAUUCUAAAAGCGUUUGUUUUUGGUAAAAAUGUGUAUAUCGGGUUUAAUGUCACUUUUGUGUAAACCACCUGUCCAUUUUAAUUUGAUAAAACAAAACCAAUUAUUCUCUCACAUGACAAAGUUGGUCGCCUUGUACUUAAGAUGGAUUUUUUGAGUUGUGUUUAUAGUAUUUAUCGCUUUUUACUGAUUUGUGAACGUCUUUCUUUUUCCUAAAUAUACUUGUCAUAUAUUUUUGUAUAUUAACAGACUGUAAAAUAGGGUUUAAGGCAGUAAACCUCAGAAUUGAUCUCACAUAUUGGUGUUGUAUUUUACAUACCAGAGAGUUACUUCGCAAACUGCCUGUGUAUGUAUACUUGUUGUAUUAUUAAAAUAGAUGUCAAAAUGUUCCCUUCACAGUAA